AAGAAGCAUUGGGAAAUAUGGAAAAGGAUUCGAAACAAGAACAACCAGAAGAUAAAAGUCAAGCAAAUAUUGCAACAGCAGAGGAAUAUUUAAUGGGUGUGCAACUUUUGAAUUAUGAGAAGCAGAUGUUUUUGGAUAUGGUUUACUCAGAUGCUUUAAUGGUUUGUGCGAAAGGUCUCAGUUACGAGCGAGUGCUGUUAAAUAUCUUAAAGGUCUAUAGUGAUUCUGGAAAUUUAUUGCUUGUUAUUAACGGUUCCGAUUGGGAAGAGAAUUAUUAUAAGUCUCGAGUGGAGAAGAAAUUUUUACAUGAGGCAGCCAAUACAGCUACAGAAAGAGAACGUGUUUACCUUGAGGGUGGCAUACAAUUUAUGACCACACGCAUUUUGGUAGUGGAUCUACUGAAGCAAAGAAUACCUAUUGAGUUGAUUACCGGCAUAGUGGUACUACGAGCUCAUACUAUUAUUGAGUCUUGUCAAGAAGCCUUUGCUUUACGAUUGUAUCGCCAACGCAAUAAGACUGGUUUUAUUAAAGCAUUUUCUGGUAGUGCUGAAGCAUUCACCAUUGGAUAUGGGCACAUAGAACGUAUCAUGCGUAAUUUAUUUGUCAAAGAACUGUUCAUAUGGCCUCGCUUCCAUGCCACUGUGCAGUCAUCUUUGAAGCCAUAUGAAGCUCAAAUCGUCGAAUUGCAUGUACCGCUCAGUGGUAAAAUGGAAUCUAUGCAGGCAAAUAUUUUAGAUUUAAUGAAUUAUUUAGUGCGCGAGAUCAAACGCAUCAAUCGAAUGGUAGACUUGGAAGUUAUUACCGUUGAGAAUUGUGUUACGAAAAAAUUUCAUAAGAUACUUCAAAGCCAAUUGGACUGUAUAUGGCAUCAAUUGAAUUCACAAACUAAAUUGAUAGUUGCUGACUUAAAGAUUUUACGGAAUCUAAUGAUUUCUACCAUGUAUAACGACGCUAUAAGUGCUUACGCGUUAAUUAAACGCUAUCGUACUACUGAGUAUGCUUUAAGUAAUUCUGGAUGGACUUUGUUGGAUGCUGCUGAGAAGGUAUUUAAAUUGGCCAAGGAGAGAGUUUAUAACGAAGCGGGAGAAUUUGAACCAGAACCAUGCCCUAAAUGGAAAUAUUUAAGUGAAAUUCUCAAGGUUGAAAUACCAGGAGAUAUGAAGCGUUCCGAAACGAAUAAAUUGAUGCAACCAAAGGUUCUUAUACUCUGUCAAGAUACCCGUACUUGUUAUCAACUGAGACAGUAUUUAACUCAAAGUGGGGAACAGUAUUUAUUAUAUGUGGCUAUGCGUCAUCAGAUACCUGUAGCAAAAUUAAGUAAAAGAUUUGAAAAAAUAAAAAAUGGUCACGAAUUGGAAAUGACUUUAAGUCAAAAACCAGACCCAGUUCUCAAGAAGCAAACAUGUGGAAAAUCAUUAAAUAAAACUGACAUUCAAGGUCAAGAGGAAAGUUUACCUGAUACUCAAGCACUGCCCAUGGAUGAAUUAACUCAACUCUUAAGUCAAGAUGAUCUAGAGGAUUUACAGGAACAUAACCUUUUCCAAGAAAGCUACUUGUUAACUAUGACCCAACCGUUAUUGACGGAUGCUGACUUGGAUAAUACGGACACCACAUAUGAUGAUGUUGAAGGGGCAGUUGGUACCAGUUUACAGGACUCCAUAUUUGAACCAUUUCCAGAGAUGGAAAGUAUGGACAUCACUGCCGCUGUCGCUGCAGGCAAACAACCUUUGAUCUGCUUGCAAACAUUUAAGACGGAACAUGAUGGGCCUUUAGCUUUGGAACGCAUACUUAACGACAUACAACCGCAGUAUGUUGUUAUGUAUCAUUGCAAUGUUACCGCUAUACGGCAAUUGGAAAUUUACGAGGCACGACAUCGUCGUCCACCUGCGGAACGCAUGAAAAUUUUUUUCCUGAUACAUGCUCGGACUGUGGAAGAACAAUCGUAUUUAACUAGCUUGCGAAGAGAGAAGCAGGCUUUUGAACUGAUUAUAGACACAAAAAGCACCAUGGUAAUACCUGAAUACCAGGAUGGAAAAACAGAUGAAGCCUUCGUUUUAUACAAGACUUUCAAAGAUCCAGAAGUGGAAGCAAAUAACGCCCAGAGUCGUAAAGCUGGAGGCCAACAAUCAACUGAAAAUUUAUCAGUCCCCAAAAUUAUAGUAGAUAUGCGCGAAUUUCGUUCCGAUUUGCCCUGCUUGAUACACAAAAGAGGUUUGGAGGUGGUGCCGGUUACCAUAACUAUUGGCGAUUACAUUCUAACUCCCGAAAUAUGUGUGGAACGCAAAUCGAUUUCCGAUUUAAUCGGUUCUCUUAACUCAGGUCGUUUAUACAAUCAAUGCAUACAAAUGCAACGUUAUUAUGCUAAACCUAUUCUACUGAUUGAAUUCGACCAAAAUAAGCCCUUUCACUUGCAGGGAAAAUAUAUGUUGAGUCAGAAUACCACCUCCACCAACGUUGACAUAGUGCAAAAAUUGCAGCUGCUUACACUGCAUUUUCCGAAAUUACGGCUAAUAUGGUCACCAAGUCCAUAUGCUACGGCUCAACUAUUCGAAGAGCUGAAAUUGGGUAAACCGGAACCGGAUGCUAAACAGGCAUCUACUCUCGGGAUCGAUGAGAUAGGCUCUUAUGAUGAUUUGAAAUUUAAUGCCAAUAUUUAUGAUUUCUUGUUACGGUUGCCAGGGAUUAACACUCGGAAUGUGCAUCAGUUAAUGCGACAUGGAGGCAAUUUAAAGGAAUUGUUAAGAAAAUCGCAAGUUGAGUUAAGUAAACUAUUGGACUCGCAGGAAAAUGGAAAAUUGCUAUGGGAUAUACUGCAUGUGGCGCAUUUGCCCGAGAAGGAUGAAAUAUCUGGUUCAACUGCUCUGCUUGCGGCGGGCAAACAAUUCGUCACACAUACACGCUUUCGUAGGGGAGCAGCCGCUUCGCUGGCCACACGUGGUCGUUUAACCGGAAAAUUUAACAGGAAUUGAAAACAAAUUUUUACAAAAAUAUUUACAUUUAUUUAUUUUGUGUGUUUAUUAAAAAAUGAUUAUUUACUAAAACGGGACAUUGUUUAAGGAUACGAAUCUGCAGCUAUUACCAGUCACUUAGUGUCGCAAUUAAAGCACAAGCUAAGCCAUUCGCAAACAAACUUGGGCCAAUCAAGCACGCACAUCAACAUGCACGGAUACGAUAUUUACCAACCAUGACAAAUUAGAAUUUCAAUUGAGUCAUUUGUUGGCCCCCAGAAAAUGAUUUUCUCCGCAUAUGCAUGUGUUUAUGUUUGACUUUCAGUAAAUUCAAAUGUACUUUGGCGUUUUUAGGUUGUAACACUUAAACAAACGAAAAAAUUUUGCGGUUGGCUGGUACCAACACAAAAAUAUGCUCCUAUAGGAGAUAAAUAUACACAUUUACGCUUGUUUGCAAUGCGCAGCCAGGUAAAAUGACA